UUUAUGUACUCACCUACAGGUUAUCUAUAUGGGAGUCUGUGUGUAUACUCCUGCUUUUGCACUAAAUGCGGUUACUGGAUUUGAAUUAUGGGGAAUAAUUCUGGUCACUGGCUUAGUGUGCACAUUGUACACAACAUUGGGAGGCCUGAAGGCUGUCAUCUGGACAGAUGUCUUUCAGACUGUUGUGAUGUUUGCAGGGCAACUGGCUGUCAUCGUGGUGGGAGUGCAGCGGACUGGGGGAGUAGCCGAAGUUUGGAGGAAAGUCUGGGAGGGAAACCGCAUCUCAGGUCUUGACUUGAACCCAGAUCCUACAGAGAGACACACCUUCUGGACCCUGGCUGUUGGUGGGGUCUUUCUCAUGAUGUCCCUGUACGGAGUGAACCAGACUCAGGUCCAGAGAUAUCUCAGCUCACGCACAGAGAAAGACGCUGUCAGGUCUUGCUACGUGGCAUUUCCUGCCCUGCAGCUGGCUCUGGCUCUGAACUGUGUGACAGGGCUCAUCAUGUUUGCACGUUACUGCGGAGAAGAUCUCACCGACAAGCUGGGCACCUCUUCAAGUGAUACAAUGGUGAUAUACUUUGUGAUGGAUAUGCUGGAAGGCCUGCCUGGACUUCCUGGACUGUUUGUUGCAUGUUUGUUCAGUGCAGCUCUCAGCUCCGUCUCCUCUGCUUUUAACUCUUUGGCCACUGUGACAAUGGAGGACCUUAUCAAACCACAUUUCCCAGCCAUGGCAGAAGCAAGAGCAACCCUCCUGUCUAAAGCCUUAGCUAUGUCCUAUGGGCUGCUGUGUCUGGCCAUGGCCUAUCUCACUCACCUAAUGGGGGAUUCAGUUCUACAGGUGGCUUUGAAAAUCUUUGGGGUGGUUGGCGGUCCUAUUCUUGGUCUGUUCUGUCUCGGGAUGUUCUUCCCCUGGGCCAACUCCACUGGAGCAGUGGGGGGUCUAGUGGUGGGUCUGUCUAUGUCUUUGUGGGUCGGUAUCGGGAGCGUCAUCACUCGUGGCUCCGGCGCCAGGCCACAGCCGCCCAAUUGUAUAGUCAUCCUGCCUUCAGUAAACAUUACUAAUGCCAUUCAGACUGUUCUGAGCAAUGUAACAGUGAGCCAACCCACUGGACUUAAGAGAUUUUACUCCUUGUCGUACAUGUGGUACAGUGGAUUUUCCUGCCUCAUAGUCAUUCUAAUAGGUCUGAUCAUCAGCUUUCUCACAGGCCCUAUGAAAGAAGAGGAUGUGACACCAGGCACCAUCUAUCCAUUGUUAGGGAAACUGCUUUGUUUUCUACCUGAACGCCUGAAAAAGAAGCUCUGCUGCGUGACUCCCCUGGGACAAACGCGCUCAUCACAACAGAGGCAGCCUCCACAGCACAAAGAUGGUAAUGGACUGGCCAUCCAACUGGAGGACAAACCACCACAAGAAGAGACAGAGAGCUUUCUUCCUGAUGCUGGCACACCUUUUUCAGAAUAUGAAACAUGUGUGUGAUAUCACACUCUCCCAUGUCAGGUUGGAAAAUGGUUAAAACAUCUUUAUUCAAAACAAAAAAUAAAAACAUAUUUUCAGUUCCCAGA